AUGGCAAACAAUUUGAAUAACUUCCAAUUCCCAUAUUUCCCUACCCAUCCACCACCCCCUCCUCUUCAUCCCAUCUCUCCACCACCCCCUCCUCCUCAUCCCACCUCCCCACCACCUCACCCCCACCCUCCUCCUCCACCACCUCAUCCUCAUCCUCCACCAUAUGUUCCACCACCACCACCACCAUCACCACCUCACAAUUACAUCAUAAUAAUAUUUGUUUUCUCGAUGUUCGGUUGCAUUUUACUUGGCCUAGCUAUUCUAGCUUUCUGCUCAUGCUUCUUGAAGAAAAAGAAGAAGAGUACAAUGAUAGUUGAAGAGAAAGAAGUGAAACACAUUGAUGAUCAUGUUAAAAUGAAGGAAGCAAUUGUUGAAGGACCUCAUGGGAAACUUGAGACAAUAGUACUCUCAAUUGAAGAAGAUUUGCAUGAAAAGGAUGAUAUUAUAAGGACAAAGAAAGAAUUAGAAGAAGUUCAUCAUCAUAACUUAUUGCAUGCUAAUAACAAAUCAUCAGAAAUUACACCUUCUGCUCUUGAAAAUAGCCAUGUAUAG